CUCGCGCUCUUUUGCGAGCUGGCACUCGCAGCGUCAAGUCAUUUCAGAGCAGUCCGAAGAGCGGUUCCCUCUCUCUUCCUCAAUCAUCGUCGCGUAUACUCGAGUCCCCAGUUGAGCAACGUCUCUAGCUCGCCAAGCAGCGUCACGUCGGCACUAUGUCUCAAAAGAAAGAGUGUUCCGUCUGCGGGCCCGGUUACAGGAGUCCGAGAGAGGCGAUGAUCAAGGGACCCCGCGAGAAGCUUAUGUACGUCAUCAGCAUACACACGGAUCCCGCGAAGGCCGACGUUCUCUGCACGGUGGACGUGGACCCCGACAGCUCCACGUACUGCCAGAUAAUUCACAAACUGAGAAUGCUGGCGGUCGGUGAUGAAUUACAUCACUCGGGCUGGAAUAUCUGUAGCAGCUGCCACGGCUCGUCACGCAAACGCGAUACCCUGGUACUGCCCAGCCUCAUGUCAGACCGAGUCUAUCUCGUCGACACGCGCGAUGAGAAAGCGCCGAAGAUUAAGAAGGUCUUGGAGCCAAAGGAAAUGCAUAAGUAUGGAAUUUCCACGCCGCACACCUCGCAUUGCCUACCAACCGGUGAGAUCAUGAUCUCUACUAUGGGGAAUCUCAAUGGCGAUGGAUUGGGCGAAUUUUUCUGCAUCGAUGCUGAGACCUUAGAGGCGAAGGGCACCUGGACCAGGUCUCAGGACAAAGCCACUUUUGGAUACGACUUCUGGUACCAACCGUAUCACGAUACGCUCGUCGCUACCGAAUGGGGAGCACCUAGAGUCUUCAAGAGAGGAUAUCUCUCGGAGGACGCUAAGGAUCCGAAGAUCUACGGUAGAAGUCUGAACGUUUACUCCUGGAAUGAGCGCAAGUUGAAGCAAACCAUUAAUCUCGGGGACGAUGGAAUCGCGCCUCUCGAAAUCAGAUUCCUCCACGAUCCCCUGGCAGCGGAAGGGUUCGUGGGCUGCGCGGUAACGUCGAACGUUUACCGAUUUUACAAGGCGGAGGACAACUCGUGGAAGGCCGAGAAGGUGAUCCAGGUACCGCCGAAGAAGGUUGAGGGCUGGAGCAUGCCUCAGAUGCCAGCUAUGAUCACCGACAUCCUGCUGAGUCUCGAUGAUAAGUACUUGUACCUGUCCAAUUGGUUGCACGGCGAUGUCAGGCAAUACGACAUCUCGGACACGAGGAAUCCGAAAUUGACCGGCCAGGUCUUCCUGGGCGGAUCGAUAUUGAGCGAUUCGCAGGUGCGCGUGACGCACGACGAGGAAUUGAACAGUCAGCCAAGUCCUAUCCACGUGAAGGGACGUAGGUUGCACGGCGCACCACAAAUGUUGCAGCUAAGUUUAGACGGACGUCGCUUGUACGUGACUACAUCGAUUUUCAAACCCUGGGACAAGCAAUUCUACCCCGACCUCUUUAAAUAUGGAUCGACGAUGGUAAAGCUUGAUAUCGACAUCGAGAGGGGUGGCAUGAAGCUUGAUGAACAAUUCCUCGUUGAUUUCGGCGCCGAUAAGAACGACGUUUUGCUGGCGCACGAGAUGAGAUAUCCCGGUGGAGAUUGCACGUCUGACAUAUGGUUGCCGGAAAAACACUAACUUGAAUAAUUAUGCUGGGAAAAGUUACAUCAAAUUUUGUACGAUUCGUUUGUAAUAAAGUCUCUUGGUUUUGCAUGAUGAAA